UAUGUCCGCAGUAUCCUUGACAUCUCCAACUUGGAGCUUGUGGGAGAGGCAGUUUUCAGAAACUCAACCAAGAGCAGCAAGGUUGAACUUGUUGCCAAAUUACGUCAGAGAGUGUACAGUAUUACUUCAAUGGAACAGAAGAAGGUUUUCUUCGAUACAAACCAAGAUCAAUGCAAGGCAACUUUAUGGGGCAGCCCUAAUGAUGGGAAAACCCAAUGAGCUGGCAGGCUACAGUGUUCCAUCCCCAGUGAAUGGGCAGAGUCUUAGAGCUAGCCCAGAGAUGCAGCACCCACCUCAACAAAAGCACAUCACUCGUGGUGUGGGUGGGAAGGAGGUGGAGCUGCCUCCAGUGUCCACGGACAUCAUGAGGAUUGCCAGUGAGCGCCACCAGAAGGGCAUGAUGUCGCCCUGGGUCUACCAACUACUCACACAGGCAGAGAUCAAGAUGGUGGUGAGUUUGGAAGAUGAAGGAAACCGGGAACUGCCCACUAGCAUGGACCUGUUCCGGCCCAUCAGACAAACUGUGUACAGUGUCCUCCUUAACCUCAACAAACUCAAGAUUAUCCACGAUAACCAACUCCAGGAGACAGUGGAUGGAAGUGGAGCAGCUCCUAGCAGUCACCAACCUCAGGUGACCAUGAAGAAUUUUGAGGUCCCAGUCAAGGAGUGGGUGGUGCGACGUGUUGGCAGCCAGAAGCCCAGCUUCGACCUCGUAAUGGCCCGCCCAGUAGAUUGGAAGACCCCCAGUAUUGAGAGAAUGUGGCUGGGUCAGCAGCCGGAUGAUAAGACCAGAAGACUCCGGGCAUUCCUCACAUGCAUGCACAGUGACACUCCGCUAAUGCUUAACACAAACUACGUACCUCAACAUCUCCUAGUCCUUUGUUGUGUGCUCAGAUACAUGUUAGAGUAUGGUCGUAUCCUUCAGCGCCAGGAACUUGAUGCCUUCCUAGCUAUGAGUGUCUCUCCCCUCCUUGAGGAUGUACAAACCAUGCAGGACCUCAAGCUGCCGUCUGUAAACCCCCGAGGUGUAGCCCUUGCAGCCCUGUUCAUGUCUGGGGUUGAGGUGGCCCAGUUUGCCAAUGAUGUGUGUGGAGCCCCCGUUCCCUGGAACAUGAUCUGUCCUUGGCAAUUCUUCGACGGAAAACUCUUCCAUUUCAAACUGCUCAAAGCCAAAAACAACACGCCCCUUGUGGACAUGUGUGAUGGACAGGUGGAGCAGGUGUUGCGAGUGGAGCGUCUUCGCCAGGCGAUUUUGGAGAACCUCAAGUUUGAGUUUGCUAAGCCGUUCCUUCCCGGUGGCGCGCUCUACGCAGGCUACCCCAUGCCGUGUGGCCAGGCCCCGGGGGGACCCUUCCCUGGCUACAGGCCCGCAGGCAUGAGGGGCAUGCCCCCAUCACAGGGAGGCAGGGGAAUGAACAUGAACUACAUGGGACCACCAGAGAUGGGAGGACCCCCAAACCCCCAGGGAAGGGGUAGAGGUAUCCUUGGCCGGUCCCCUGUUGAUGGGCGUGGUGGACAGCUAGAGAUUGCUGGUGUGGUUGUUGGAAGCUGGGGACCAAACCUGUCUGGUUCUUCUCGGGGACGGGGCGGUAACGGCCCCCUCCAGCCCCGUGUGAUGUCUGUGGGAGGAGGGCAACGGGGGCGGAGUCGAGGCAUGAUGUUCCGUGGGGGAAUGCCUCGGGGAGCAAUGAGAGGAGGACGGGGAGGUAUGCCCAUGCCCAUGUAUGGUAGGAUGCCUGAUAGGGCAUAUUUUGCCCGUAUGGGUCGUGGUAUGAUGGGCCGAGGAGUGGUGAGGGGGAUCCGGAGGCCCGCUGUCCGGGCAAGGCCCAAAUUUGGGAGAAUGAAGAGGCCUAAUAGGGGGCGUGGCAUGACCGUGGACACUGGGGAUUCGGGUGACGGCCUGGACAAAGAAGAUGAUGGUUCGGAUGAAGGUGAGGACGAGAACUUUGAGGAUGCAGAGGACGAGACAGAAGAUGACAAUGGUGCAAUAGGUAAACAGUUGAUGCAGAAUGGCUUACAGAGCCCAGACAGUGGUAUCCAUGGAGACAAGUCGGGAGGGGAGCUAACCCUGAACGCCUAGAACAAGCAUACUCAAUAUCACACCGGGCCCUUUUGGCCGUAGACCUUCAGGGAACAACUUGUGUCAACAUCAUGCUACAUGUAGAUUCUGACUGUGUACAGAUUAGUUUAUUUCUAUUGUUGUAAGUUUUCAGUUUUAGUUAGUGGAUAAGAACAAUACAAAAUAUAUGAUUUAUUCACACUUGUUCCUAUUUGUACUUUUAAUAUAUUGUUGGUUUAUUAAAAUGGAUUAAUUUAAGUAGUUAAGAUAUGUGGAAAUUUAGAUGUUAAGCAUAGGAUAACGAACUUGUUUCAUUGAAAUAUUAUUGAGGCAUUAGGUUUUGUUGUUUGUUGACAGAGUUGUUCCCCCUACCAUGUGUUCACAAUGGGGGUGGCAAGCAGCUGUAUGUGAUGCCAGUAUUGCCAUGGAAACCCAAUGGUCUCGCUUGAGCGACACUUGUUGGAAAGUUACAUGUAUGGUCAGUACAUGCAAGCUGCUCGUUUAAUUAUUUGUACUGAAACGAGGUCUGUGAAUUGGGACUAGAGACAAAUGUCACUAAGGGCUACAAUGGUGCGUAGUUAAGAGACUGUUCUGUUUCCAUGGAAACAUUUUCACAACCCUUUGCUAUGGAGAUGUUGGUAAGUGCUAUGAAUGUGUUCUUUUGUUUUACAACAAAUGCUGGUCCUCAUAGCAAAGGUUUGUCACAAAUUGAUUUUGGUGAUAUUUUAUACAAAUCUAUUAUUUUUAUACAUUGAUAUUUGUUCAUUUUUCUAUGGUAUUGUUAAGAGAAUUGUGACUUUACACACGUUAGAUGUUUUAAGUUGGGAAUGAGGUAGUGGGAUGCUGUCCAUGGGUUAAAUAGUGAGCAUUGCUGUUUGUGAUACAACUUGUUUCAUUUGUAAGUUUGGCCAAUGCAGAUGGUCGACUGUUAACAUUUAACCUUUGGAGAUUGAAAAGGGCUUGGGAAAGAAAUGGAAGUUGUUAAGAUGGAAUAUAAUGAACUAGUUUUGUGGGUAUUAUUUUGAACAAAUCUUGUUUGCCCACGGGCGGGCCAGAACAUACAGCAGGCUUUGUUGACCUGUAAAAAAUUAUUGAUCUAUGUGUCACAUGGAUUCAUUAUCCAUGUUAAAUGAUUUGGGUAUAAAAUGUGAAAAAUUGAGAAGCUAGAAACCUGUGUUUGCUGCACAGUUGAAUCGCUGUAAAACGGCAAUGGUUGGCCUCAAGACAUGCGAUAGCCAUGAAGUAUGGCAGAAUAAUGUUUCUUCAUUGCUUAGACAUGUUUGUGCUAAGAUAUUGAGAAGUUACUACAGACAGUAUAAAUAGAGUGUUUUUAAAGCAUUUUUUGCUUUAUUUGCAAAGUAAUGUUUUCAUUUAGUUGGAGGAAGUUAUCCUGCAAAUAUUUAAAAUAUAGUUCAUUCUGACGUUCUUAUACAUAUAGUUUGAAAUGAGGGAUUUCGAUAAAAUUUAUCAGAACAGUUGUACGACUUUUCCGGUAUACAUGUAUAAUUAUAAUAACAUGUACAUCUGACACCAGUGUCAGUUGUAUUCGGUAAACUGUUAAUUCUUGGGAAAUUUAUGUGCAACCACACUUGUAUUGUUCAUGCAAGUUGACUAGACAUUUACGAUCUUAUCAUAAUGACUGACAUGUAAACAGUUAAAUGUUUUCAAUUAAAAGGUUGAUCGCUUUCUUCGGUAUCACCAUGUCAAGAGAAAUGUCAGUUAACUAAAGAACCAUUGUUUGUAAAAUAUGUUAUAUUUUAAAUAAAAAUUGUACAAAAAGUUGUAUCAGUUAAGUUAAAACAUAGCAUUGCUAGAAAAAAUGAAGAAAAAGUAAAUGGAUUUUCUUGUAGAAUAAAAAAUGAAUAUAUAUAUAUAUAUAAAUCUCUCUCAAGUUAAGAUGAAUUUUGGACGUUUGCAAUGCUAUGUUUGUCAUUGUAUUUCUUGUGUUAUUUUAUUUUACAAAAAAAAAAGAUAUAAAAAAAUUCAUAAAAAAUUGCAGUUCUUUGAAUAUAUUUUGUAUAUAACUUGAAUUUAACUACUAGCACAUACUUAAAAUGUAUUCUGAAAAGUGUGCUUUGAAUUCAUUUUUUACAUUAAUGGGAAAAAUUAUGAAAAUAAAUAAGUUGUUGGAUUCAAACAAAAAAAAAACGUAUCUUUUUCAAAUAUCACUGAUAGCUUUGCUAAAAAUAGUUGAUUUUUUAAAGUGUGAUUUUAUAUGAAAUAAUAUAUUUAUAUAGCAAAGCAAAUAAUGUAAAAAAGUAAUUUAAUUCACAUUUAUUAUGUUCUCGCAUGUUUUUUCCUUUAAGACUGGUUAAUAUUGUUUUAUGGCGAGUUUGAUUAACAAGGUUGUGACAUGUCGUAGAAGUACAGCGAAAUAUUUAAUGUACGUGUAUUAAAACAUGAAUUAUACACUGAAAAUAUUUGGCUCAUCUUGGACAGCAUUUAAUGUUCAAAGUUGUUGAUGAAACUAGCUGAAGUUGACGUUUUUAGAACUCCAGUUGCCAAGCAGUAACCAGUCUGUCAUUUAGGUCAUUUUCAAAAACAAAUGUUAUAUUGUAUAGUCUGGCUUUUAACAAUGUUAUAUAUAUAAAUAUAUAUAAGGUAAUCAAAUAGUUUUGUUUUUUUAUAACAUUUUGUGUUAAACCUUUAAAUAUGAAGUAUAAAAAUGCAACAAUUUAACGUUUGAAAAUAAGCAAAAUAUAACUUAAAUAUUAAGAUAUUUCUUUCAAAACUAUUUUUUUUUAUUUUGAUGUUAUUAUCGGUUAAAAACAUUACGUUGCUCUAUACCAGUUCCUGUUUCUUUGUAUGCUAAGUUGCUUGUUAGUGGUAUAGUUCUAUUUGUGGUUGCACACUGUUUUGCUUCUUAGUAUUUAUAUCAGACCUGUCAUUAUUUUACAUUGUAAUGGAGUGGUUUAAUCAUUAUUAUAAUUAGGAGAUUGUAACGGUCUGCUGCAGUAGAUUUUUUCAGGUUUAAAAAGCAGGACUGCAUGAAAAUAAUCCUUUAGGUAAAUAAAAAUGCAGGUAAAAAGGGGGGUUAAGUAAACAUUGGUUCAAAAAUACAUUUAUCUUUACGGCUUCCUACGUUGUUAGAUGUUUAUAAAAAGUUAAAAGCAAGAUGGCCAUGCUCACAAGUUCCGUACAUGUUUUACUAUGGUAAAUAAUUUCAUGAAAACUGAAGCAAAAUUAUUUUAGAAUUAAAAGUAAGAAAUACAAAAUGAAUAACUGAUAUUGCCUGUUCAACUUGUUAAUGUUACGACCAUUCUCAGAGAUGGAAUGCAGAUCGUUUAAAGACGCCAAAAUUUGUUACGAAACACAUGUAGCACUGUUGACAAAAGUGAACCAGAUACUUAUUAUUAUUGAAAAGCUAGUGAAUAGAACAUAGGACCGUGACUUUAAAAUGGUUUCUCUCUUUUUUUCGAUAACGCUGCAGCAGAUUGACCUUGUAUCAGAAGUAAAUUAUAUAUAAGUUUGUAAUCUUCUCCUUUUUAACUUUCCCUUUGCUUUGUUUAGUUAGUAAAUACAACAAAGUACUUUGUACUUCUUCAGCAGUUUCAUACUGAGGAAGAUAGCGGUAUGACUAGGGUAUAGAAAAACAUGUUUGUAAACAUUAUCUAUCACUUUUAAAAUGUUGAAGCUAUCAUAUUGUAAUAUGAAAAUGAUAAAUGUCAUUAGAACUGAGCUUUAAUGUUAAUUUAGGAUAAAAAAAAAGCCUCUUUGACUUGUACUAGUUGUUAGGAAUUAAAAAUUAUCAAUGUGAAAUUAAGAAUUGAAUGGAUGGUAAGAACUGGAAUGUCAAGCCCAGAAGAGAUUGUUUUGUAUGGAACAGCUGUUAUUUUUGAUUAAAUGUUGUUUUUUUGUCA